AUGGAAACCUGCCUCAGGUAAAACUGGAAACGAGGCAUGCGCAGUCGGUCAUCACACCACAGUUCACAAGGAAAGGAACAGCAGGAGAAUGAAGACGGUCUUUCUCGUUUUACUGGCGGCCGCUCCAGCCUUGAUACUCGGCCAGGAGGUUGGUGACUCAUGCUCAACGGAUUCCGGAGAGUCCGGCACGUGCACAAAUCUCCAGCAGUGCCCCAGCCUACAUGACACGUUCCGUACCCAGAAACCGGUCAUCUGUGGCUUCGAGAGUGUAGUUCCUAUUGUGUGCUGUCCCUCUACGGGAGGUGUUACUCCCCAGAAUACGAAUGUCACUCCUUCCCCCGCCAGCUUCGACAUCUCGUCUCCCCCGAUCAGCUUUGAGUGCGGCAUCAGUAGACCACGUAACGUUAGAAUACCUGAGGCUUCUUUCCGUCGGCGCCGGAGGUCAAGCAGUCACUCCCUCCUCACCGGUGAUGUGGCAAGAAGUAAACGUUUUGUGGUCGGUGGUAGAAAUUCCAAGGUCGACGCCUGGCCCUGGAUGGCUCUACUCGGAAAGCGCAGUGCCGAUAGAAACACUUGGUUCUGUGGCGGAGUGUUGAUCAACGAUCAGUGGGUCCUGUCAGCUCUCCAUUGUUUCUUCGACUUCACGGCCGAUGUGGUGCGCUUUGGUGAACACGAUUACAACGACAAUGGAGAUGGGGCCAAUCACCAGGACGUCAAUGUGGCCGAUGUAGUGCUUUACCCUGACUUCAAGCACGGUACAGGCUACCAUGACCUGGCCCUCCUCAAGCUCGAGACCAAGGUCACAAUACAGAGGUCCAUUAGGCCUGUGUGUCUUCCUUGGGGGACGGAGAGUGAAAAGAACAUUACUGGCGAGAUGGCAACACUCACUGGUUGGGGCGACACAUCAUUCGGUGGAUUUCCCAGUUCUGUUCUACAAGAGGUUGACCUGGUGAUGUUCCCAUCUGCCCAAUGUGACCGCAGUUACUCCAGUCUGCCCCAUUAUGCAGACACUUGGCCACAAGGCAUCGGCCAGGAGACUUUGUGCGCCGGAGAUCCUGCAGGAGGGCGGGACGCUUGUCAGGGUGACUCUGGCGGACCUCUGGUGUCUGAAGACGCCAAUGAACGCUUCGUGUUAGCGGGCAUCGUGUCACGGGGGUAUGGCUGUGGCCAUGAAGACUACCCAGGAUUGUAUGCCAAUAUCCGCCACCCGGCUUACCUCGCCUGGAUCAAGGAGGUUGCAUUCAGCAGUCCCUGAGCCCCACUGCCACACUUUUUCUUCAGUUUUUAAAAUUUUUUAAAUAUUAUAUAUAUAUA